AUGGGAGGUGGCGUGUCCAAGAGCGAGUAUGAACGCAUCCGCAAGGAAUUGAUAGUGAAGGACCAGGUCAUCCGCACGCUGCAGGAACGACUGGAAAAUGGCGGGCACGUUGGCCCAAUGCAUGCCUUACCUGGGAUAACUAAUACUGGGGACGAGUUGGUAACUCCAGAACGCACGACCAUGGUGGUGAAGCCGCGGAACAAGGACAAAGAUCGAGUGUCGGCAGCCGAACCAACAUCGGGACCGAAACUUGAAAAAGUUGGUAGCUUCAGCACUCGAUUCACAUUGCUUCAUGAGGCAAAGGAACUGCUGGGAGAAGGCAUUAACCAACCGGACGCCGAAGCUAAAAGCCGAUACAACUCGACUGACCGAGGUACACCGGACAGCCCUGAUGGUGGAGCGCAGCAUACUGGUACUUUAACUUCAAAGGGCAAGCUGCGGCGUGUCGAGGUGAGUGCUGAAGUCAUGCCUAGUCGCAAGAUCAUGUCGACAAAGGAGCGUGUAGUGUAUCCAAAAGGAGAGAGCUCCAGACAGCUUCUGCUCAAGAUAUUGCAGUCAAACGUCCUGUUCCAAGGGCAGUCACAUGGCGAAAUUCGUGACUGCUUGGACGCCUUCUUCCCGAUGCGAGUCGAACCCGGUCAUUUGGUCAUAAAGCAAGGAGCGCAAGGUGAUAAUUUUUAUGCGGUGGAGAGCGGACAGCUGGAGAUUCUUGUUUCAAUGGGUGGAUCUACACCGAUUCGGUAUGGCUUCCUGGGUCCAGGCCUUGGCUUUGGAGAGCUGGCACUGCUGUACAAUAUGCCACGAGCAGCUACGAUUCGUGCCGUGACUGAAGUGGAGCUAUGGGCUCUUGAGCGUAACACUUUUCGUGAAAUUCUAGCCUCGCACAAGCUCAAUCGUCUUACUCGAACGCUUGAGGUAUUGCAAAAAAUCGCCAUCCUAAGCAAACUCACGUCGUCCGAAAUGCAGCAAGUAGCCGCAGCGAUGGAGUGGGAAGAGUUUGAGGAGAACGAUGCGAUAGUGCGGCAGGGAGAGGUGGGUGAAAAGUUCUACAUUAUCAACAAGGGCGAGAUCAUAGUCACCCAAGUGGACGCUAAUGCUGAAGAGGAAAAUGUUAUUCGAAGGUUAAAAGCUGGUGACCAUUUCGGCGAGAUGGCGCUUUUUAAGGACGAAAUGAGAUCUGCCACCUGCACGGCAGUGACGAGAGUGCAGUGCGUUACACUGGAGCGUGCUCACUUCAUUGCAAUGCUAGGAACUCUCCAGGAGCUUAUGGACCGAGCGCCAGCCCACCUGGAGACACGAGAUCUCCCACAUAGACGAGCAUCAACUGAGGCGCUGGUGGAACCUGCUGACUACAAGUACUACAUGGAAAUUCCGCGAGAAGAAUUGGAAGUACUUCAGACACUUGGACGAGGUGCUUUUGGUCGCGUCCGACUUGUGCGCCACGCAGCUUCCAACCGCGCGUACGCUCUGAAAUGCUUGAUCAAGUCACAUAUCGUAGAGAACAAUCUGAAGGAGCACGUGCUGAACGAAAAGCGGGUAAUGCUUGCACUCGAUCACCCGUUUAUUCUGAAGCUCUACACAACCUUUAAAGAUCGAACGCACAUUUACUUCCUGGUAGAACUGGCGCUGGGUGGGGAGCUUUUCACAUAUCUACGUCGAAGGGACCACUUCGAGGAGCCCGUGGCUCGUUUCUACAUUGCUAGCGUCGUGCUUGUCUUUCAACAUAUGCACUCAAAGAGCAUCGUGUAUCGAGAUCUAAAGCCUGAAAACAUCCUUCUGGAUAACGAAGGUUAUAUGAAACUCGCAGAUUUUGGACUAGCCAAGCUUGUGAUGGACCGCACUUGGACGCUGUGCGGUACACCCGAUUACCUCGCACCCGAGAUUAUCUUAAACAAGGGCCAUGAUAAGGCAGUCGACUACUGGGCUUUGGGUAUCCUCAUCUUCGAGCUAAUGACGGGCUCUGCUCCAUUCUACGCCCAAGACCCGAUGCAGAUCUACGCUCUUAUUAUCCAGGGUAACGUCAAGUUCCCAGCCUAUAUGGGCCGAGCUAGUGUUGACCUCGUGCAAAAGUUGCUGUGUCAGAACCCAGCACGACGACUGGGAAACAUGAAGCACGGGAUCAAAGAUAUCAUCAACCACCGCUGGUUCUCAAGCUUCCAGUGGGACAGUCUGAAAACGAAGAGCAUGAAGCCCCCGAUCGUACCACAGGUCCGUGAUGAUUUUGACACAUCUAACUUCGAGGACUUUCGCCAUGAAGUUGAGGAUCCUGGUCACGAGUGUGAUUGGGAUCCUGACUUUUAG